UUAGAUUAUUUACAAUGGAAAACGGAGAUGCAAGCGGGUGCGUGGCCAUUGUUUCCGCGAUCAUCUUCAUCGAUUGUGCUAGAGUUUUCGAAGUUCCACUUUCCCUUUGUUUCUUCUCACUCAUCAAAUUUCUUCAUCGCCAAUGCGUUUCCGAAACCGAUAAUUGACCCUAUUCAACGCAAAAUCGCAGUUCCUCCAUAGUUUUGUUUCGCUAACUCGAAGGCUUUAUCUACACGACACGACGCGUUCUUCCUUUGUGAGAAGCUGGAGAUGGCGAGAAAAACUAGUAACUGUGCCAUAUGCGAGAAUUCGAAUCAAGCUUCCAUUUGUUCCAUCUGUGUCAACUACAGGUUGAAUGAGUAUAAUACUUCAUUAAAGUUACUGAAAGACCGUCGAGAUUCGUUGUACUUAAAAUUGAGCGAAGUUCUUGUCCGCAAGGGAAAGGGAGAUGAUCAAGCAAAUUGGAGAGUGCUUCAACAUGAAAAGCUUGCAAGGUUGAAGGAGAAACUUCAUCAGAGUAAAGAACAAGUUACUCAAGGAAGAGCUAAGAUAGAGACCAUGUCUGCUGAUCUAAAACUUAAAUAUGGGUUGCUUGAAUCUGCCCUUUCUACGUUGGAAAAGAAUCGAGUGGAACAGCUGGAGAAAUUCUAUCCUAAUCUUAUAUGCACCCAGAGCUUAGGGCAUGUGGCGAUUACCUCUGAGCUUCUUCAUAAAGAGUCUGUGGUCAUAAAACAGAUAUGCAAGUUGUUCCCACAACGCCGGGUGGUCAUAGAGGGAGAGAGAAGGGAUGGUUGUAGUGGUCAAUAUGAUCAAAUUUGCAAUGCACGAUUACCUCGAGCACUUGAUCCCCACUCUGUUCCAUCAGAAGAGCUUUCCACUUCUUUGGGAUACAUGGUGCAACUUCUAAAUCUUGUUAUUCACAACUUGGCUGCCCCAGCACUUCAUAACUCAGGUUUUGCGGGUUCUUGCUCUCGGAUAUGGCAACGAGAUUCUUAUUGGGAUGCACGUCCUUCCUCAAGGAGCAAUGAAUAUCCCCUUUUUAUACCUCGCCAAAAUUAUUGCUCUACUGACGGAGAAAACUCAUGGUCUGAGAGAAGCUCAAGCAAUUUUGGAGUUGCUUCGGUGGAAUCUGAGAGGAGGCAUCGCCUAGAUUCAUCUGGGAGUACUAGCUUUAAUUAUUCUUUGGCUUCUUCGCAUUCUGUUCAAACACACAAAGAUUUGCAGAAAGGAAUUUCACUUCUAAAGAAAAGCGUAGUCUGCAUCACAGCUUACUGUUACAACUCCCUGUGUUUAGAUGUCCCUUCUGAGGCAUCUACAUUUGAGGCUUUUGCAAAGUUAUUGGCAACACUCGCAUCAUCCAAGGAAGUUCGAUCUGUUUUUUCCUUGAAAAUGGCUCGCUCUAGGACAUGCAAGCAAGUUCAACAAUUGAACAAGUCUGUUUGGAAUAUGAAUUCGGCUAUUUCAUCAACUACUUUGCUGGAAAGUGCACAUUCUGUGCCCACAACGAGAAUUGAAAAUUAUCUGCCAAGUUCUACUGGUAGUUUUCUUUAUGCCGCUGAUUUAUCUGACGGCAAAAAUGAGUGCCUAAUUGAAGGGUGGGAUAUUGUUGAGCAUCCCACUUUUCCUCCCCCACCAUCGCAAAGUGAGGAUGUUGAGCACUGGACUCGAGCCAUGUUCAUAGAUGCUAAAGGGAAGUGAUCUUAAUUUGCAACCUUUCAACAAAAUUUUCUUCUCAGAAUAGUUAACAAGAAUUCACCCAUUGAUAUGGGCUCAGUAAGUAAUAUCACCUUUACACAUAAGUGUAUGUUCGCUAAAUACUUUUUGAGAAAUAAUCAUUCAUUUUAUUUCUUUUAACAGCUCUCAGAAAGCUUUUUUCCAACAUAAACUUAAAUCAAAUGUGUGCUAAGCACUAAUAUUUACUCCUUAGUUUUAAGAAGAAAAACACAUUCAAUGACACUUACACAGUUGGUUUCCAAGUGGUAAUGGAUGGUUGUGGAACUAACAGUUUA